AUGGGUUUGGAAAACAGCAAAAUUGUUAGAAGGUUUAUCAAUGUCGGUGAAAAGAAAGCAGGAUCCACUUCUAUGGGAAUUCUCGUAGGAGCAUUCGCUGCUUUUGGUGGUGUUCUUUAUGGAUACGACACAGGUACAAUUUCUGGUGUUAUGGCCAUGGACUAUGUGAAAGAAAGAUUUCCAUCCAACAAACAUAAGUUCAGUUCUUCUGAAUCGUCCUUGAUUGUUUCUAUCUUGUCUGUUGGUACUUUUAUUGGUGCCAUUACAGCACCAUUUGUCACCGAUACUCUCGGUAGACGUUGGUGUAUUAUUUUGUCUUCUUUGAUUGUGUUUAAUUUGGGUGCUGCUUUGCAAACUGCAGCUACUGGUAUUCCUUUGCUUUGUGUUGGAAGAGUUAUUGCUGGUCUUGGAGUUGGUUUGAUUUCCUCUACAAUUCCUUUGUACCAGUCUGAGGCAACUCCAAAGUGGAUUAGAGGUGCUGUUGUUUCUUGUUACCAAUGGGCAAUCACAAUUGGUAUCUUCUUGGCUGCUGUUUUUAACCAGGCAACUCACAAAAUGGAUUCAAGUGCCAGUUACAGAAUCCCUCUUGGUCUUCAAAUGAUUUGGUCCAUCAUCUUGGGUGUGGGUAUGAUCUUUUUGCCAGAGACCCCCAGAUUCUAUGUUUCUAAAGGUGAACACGAAAAGGCACGCAAGUCUUUGAGUAUAUUGAGAAAGCUUCCUAGUGACCACCCUGACUUGGUUGAAGAGUUAGAUGAUAUCAAGGCUGCCUAUGAAUUUGAAAUUGAGUACGGAAAAUCUUCUUGGUCUCAGGUAUUUUCUAACAAGAACCAUCAGUUGAAGAGAUUGUCUACAGGUGUUCUUUGCCAGGCUUUCCAACAGUUGACCGGUGUUAACUUCAUUUUUUACUUUGGUACCAGUUUCUUUCAAAGCGCUGGUGUGAACGGUUUCGUGACUUCUUUGGCAACUAACAUUGUUAAUGUUGGCUCUACUGUGCCAGGUAUCCUCUUGAUGGAAAUCGUUGGAAGAAGAAACAUCUUGUUGGUGGGAGCUGCUGGAAUGUCCUUCUCGCAAUUUGUUGUCGCUAUCGUUGGAGUUGCUGGAUCGGGUCACGCCGCAAAGCAAUGUCUUGUGGCCUUCUCAUGUAUUUUCAUUGCCUUCUUCGCAGCUACUUGGGGUCCUACUGCUUGGGUUGUCGUCGGAGAAUUGUUCCCAUUGAGAACUAGAGCCAAGUCUGUUGCUUUGUGUGCCGCUUCCAACUGGUUGUGGAACUGGGCCAUUGCUUUUGCUACUCCAUACAUGGUUGAGCCAGACAAGGGUAACUUGGGCUCUAAGGUGUUCUUCAUCUGGGGUGGUUGCAACUUCUUGUGCUUCCUCUUUGCUUGGUACAGCAUUUACGAGACCAAGGGUCUUUCCUUGGAGGAAGUUGACGAGUUGUACGAAAAGGUCGACAAGGCCUGGAAGUCUCCUGGAUUCGUUCCAAGCGAACACGCCUUCAGACGCGAGACUGAGGUUCUUCCUGAUACCGACGACAAGGCUGAAGCAGUCUCAGUCGAAGAAGUUUCUGUUUAA